AUGCCGUCAACACAUAAAAAAGAAAAACCCUGGGACACCGACGACAUUGACAAGUGGAAGAUCGAAGAAUUCAAGCCUGAACACAAUGUCGGCGGAACCUUUGCGGAAGAGUCUUCAUUUGCCUGUCUUUUCCCCAAAUACCGCGAACUCUAUCUGAAGCAGGCGUGGCCGUUGGUGACCAAAGCACUGGAAAAGAAAGGAAUCGCAUGCACACUGGACUUGGUUGAGGGCCGCAUGGAAGUCCGCACAACACGCAAAACAUAUGAUCCCGCGGCUAUUUUGGAUGCUAGGGAUCUCAUCAAACUGCUUGCUCGAAGCGUCCCUGCUCCUCAGGCUCUCAAAAUUCUCCAAGAUGAUAUGGCCUGCGAUGUCAUCAAAAUUCGAAAUUUGGUACGGAACAAAGAACGGUUUGUCAAACGUCGUCAACGAUUACUUGGUCCCAAUGGCUCCACCUUGAAAGCCCUGGAGUUACUCACCAACACCUACAUUCUCGUCCAAGGCAACACAGUCAGCACAAUGGGCGGUUACAAGGGCCUGAAGGAAGUGAGGAGAGUGGUCGAAGACUGCAUGAACAACAUCCAUCCCAUUUAUCACGUCAAAGAGCUCAUGAUCAAGCGAGAAUUAGCCAAGGACCCGGCUCUCAAAAAUGAAAGUUGGGAUCGGUUCCUGCCACAUUUCAAGAAGAAGACAUUGAGCAAGAGACACAAGCCUUUCAAGGUCACCGACAAGAGCAGCAAGCCAUACACACCAUUUCCUCCACCCCGUGAGAAGAGCAAGAUUGACUUGCAAAUCGAAAGUGGAGAAUACUUUCUCGCUAAGCAAGCGAAGGAGCGGGCUAAAGAGCAAGAGAGACUGGAGAGACAAAAGGCAAAGAAGGAAGAGAAACAACGUGAGCGUGAACAAGCUUUCGUCGCACCCAAGGAGGAUAUUCCUCAAAAGAAGAAAUCCAAGAGGAAAGCCUCCGCUGAAGAAGAAACACCUAAAGCCAAAAAGCACAAGAAAGGGGAUGAGUAA